GUUACGCAAGGUGCUUACAGACCCGUUCGCCAUUCGACUUCUUCGCGGCGGUUGAAAAAAAGUACACGUCCGCUGCAGCGCUGAGUGCAGCUCGUGAGGGGCCCGCAAGCUGCCGAGGCGGAGUUCUUUCCGUAUGUGUGUGUAACACGCCAGGUUCCCGCGAGCCUCAGGUGUAUCAAUGAGCAAACUAUGGAGGACGAAAUGCGCCAAGGUUUCUGUGAAGACAGGGCUGAAGACAGAAACUGGAGCAAAGCACUCGACUCACAGGAAUACUGCGCUUCACUGGAUCGGGAGAAGGACGAGACCCUGAAGGAGAUUCUGAGCGCCGGCUGUGCCCCCCUUCCGCCCAGUGACUUCAAGCAAGUUGACAACCAGGGGCCGGUCUACCAGACUCGUUUCCUGACGCCGGACGAUGACCGGAGUGCUAAGAUAGAAGCCGCCUCUAAGGAGCUGUCUACCGCCGGCGAGUCUAUGGACUUGUACAUGAACUCGGCCAGAGACAUCGACUAUAGUUUUGCACAGGAGCCGGAAAAGACCUCCGAACAGCCGCGUCUGAGGAGGGACUCAAAUCUGGAGCCAUCAUCGAGCCCGGCAGUGACCCCCGGAGGGUCUCGGCACGUCUCCACUCUUUACUCCACACCUACCGUGCCUCCCAGUAGCUCCUUGGAGUGCCCCGCCAGCCACACAACAGACCCGGGUGGCACAUCGGAUUCCAGUCCAAUGGGCACUUUUUCUGGCCCCGUUUUUACCAGCCAGUGCUCCGCCGCCGGGCCCGUCAACCCAAACUUUGUGAAUGUUCAUCGCCGGAAUUCCUGCAGCCCUUCGAGCGCCAGCAACACCGGCUCUCCCCUUUCCAGCCCACUUAGCGGCAUGAGGUCACCCAUCUCCAGCCCGCAGAGUCUGUGCAGCACCUCUCCAGUCUCCGGACCGCUCAACCCCAGAUCUUGUGUCUCCAGUCCUGGCAAGCACAUUAACAAUAUGAGAUCCUCCAUUUCCAGCCCUUCUUCUUGCACUACGAACAUUUCCGUCUCUAGCCCCCUGUAUUUCGGCAGCGACUUUCCCAUGUGCAGCCCCUCUCAAGGACAAGACGUGUUUCACAACGAGUUGGAUGGCGCACGAGACGGGGAGCAGCAGGACUUAAAGGAGUUCAAGCUCCUGAAAAUCGAGAAAUCGGAGGGAGAACUGGAGACCUGCAGGAUGGAGCAGAUGUGCAUGUUGAAAAUGAUCAAAAACGAACCCGACACCAGCUUUGCCAUCAUGGCACACGGAAACCCCGACAAGAUGGACAGCCUCAGCGCCCUGUUUGCCGUCGACGUCAAAUGUGAAUCCAGCAACGAAUCGUCCUGUCAAAACUUGAGAUACGACGAGCAGGAGCCUCCCAACCCCUUUCCCGUUUCCGAACCCACCUUCUUAUCCUUGAGGGAAAGGGCGGAUGAGUACAGCCUGUCCAAGAUCUUGGGACCCCCGACACCCAACGGUAGUUUUGAGGACGACGUUUUUUCCGACAGUAGCUUGUCGAAAAGGAUUAAGCAGGAAGUGGUCAACGACGAGUAUUACGGGGACAGUCACGCCAUACACGCCUCGGCGAUAGUGGGCAUUAAUUCCAACGAACUUUCGUAUUAUUACCCGACGGGGAUGCAGGAGGGUCUGUCUCUGUCGCUGCCCGAUGUCGGCAAUCCACCAAGCCACCUCUUGAAUUUAAUUUCUCCCGUCACCACGUUAAUGGAUUCUUGGAAAUCCCGGGAAUCUUUACUGGAAAGCUCGCAUCUGUCACGGGGGGACGUCUACUCUGCACAAAGAUGCCUUCCGGAAAGCAGCUCAACAAUGAGAAGUUCUUCUUCCUCCUCUUCUGCCCCUGCGAAGGUCUGCUUGGUGUGUGGCGAUGAAGCUUCUGGAUGUCACUACGGGGUGGUGACGUGUGGCAGCUGCAAAGUGUUCUUCAAAAGAGCCAUAGAAGGACAGCACAAUUAUCUCUGUGCAGGAAGAAAUGACUGCAUCAUUGACAAGAUACGACGGAAAAACUGCCCUGCCUGCCGAGUACGAAAGUGUCUCCAAGCGGGAAUGAAUUUAGGAGCCCGGAAGUCAAAGAAGCUGGGGAAGUUAAAAGGCAUCAUUGAAGACCGGCCGCUACAGAGGGUCAAGGAGAGUCAGUCAUAUUUAGCUCUGGAAAAGGAGCUCAGCUCGAGCUCAGCCUUGACCGUUCACUCGCCCUCCAUAAUGCCCUUCUUCACCACAGGCCUCUGCAGCAUUCUGGAAAUUAUUGAGCCUGAAGUGGUUUAUGCGGGCUAUGACAGCACACAGCCCGAGACAAGCGACUACCUGCUCAGCUGCCUCAACCGGCUGGCAGAGAAGCAGAUGAUCCGCGUCGUCAAGUGGGCCAAAGUGCUUCCAGGGUUCAGAAGGAUGCCGAUUGAAGACCAGAUUACACUUAUUCAGUUGUCCUGGAUGUGUCUGUCUUCAUUUGCGCUCAUUUGGAGGUCUUAUCUGCACACCAAUGGUCAGAUGUUGUAUUUUGCACCUGAUCUUAUCUUCGAUGAGAGGCUAGACCUUUAUCGUGCCCCUUCAUCUGCAGUUGUCAAUCUGUCGGCAAUGGGAGAACUGGAAGUGGACUGUGAGGAAAAGAAGGAAGGAAAGGAAAGGAAGUUUUUUACAGAAGAAAACCCCAGGCACCCCAAGCUGAGCUCUGCAACCCAGCAGGAUUUCAAGUUGCCCCAAUCUUGUCUUGUGUUAUUGAGAGAGGAAGCAGAUAAUGGAUGGAAGCGUAUGAAACAAUCGUCCAUGUACAGCUUGUGUCAGGGAAUACGCCAGGUGACCCAGGAGUUUGUCCGCUUGGAGCUCACCUACAGUGAAUAUCUCUCCAUGAAGGUGCUGCUGCUUCUGAGCACAGUUCCCAUCGAGGGUUUGAAGAACCAGUCGGUGUUUGAGGAGAUGCGGGUCACCUACAUCAAAGAGCUCCGGCAGUCCGUCUUCAAGUCCACCAGUAACUCCUGCCAGAUGUGGCAGAGGUUCCACCAGCUCACGAAACUGCUAGACGCCUUACAUGAUCUGGAGGCCCUCCAGUUAGAUUUUUGCUUCUACACCUUCCGGGAGGCCCAAGCCCUUAAAGUGGAAUUUCCUGACAUGCUUGUGGAGUUAAUCAGCGACCACAUACCAAAGGUGGAAGGUGGCCUAAUUCGGACCCUGUACUUUCACAGGAACUGACCACCAGGGAGGGACCUUUGCCUUAAUUCAUCUCUACCGUUUGUCCACAUCCAUUGCAAAGGAGAGGAAACUUGGCCACAUUUUGGGUUUUUUUUUGUUUUUCUUCUUCCUCUUGUUUAAUUUUCUUCUACUCUUCAGUUUGAACAGUCGGAAGACUUGACGUGGAGAAACAAUUGCACUGAGAAGGAUUUCCACUCCAUCCCGACCGACAGACAGACAAUUUUGAACACGGAGACAAAGCCAUACUUCAUCGUGACCAUCCUCCUCCUCCAGCCCUUGAAGAUACAGCUGUUGUUUUUUUUUUUGUUUUUUUUUAAUUUAACUAGCGAGUGUAUUACGGGCGAGAUCUUUAUGAGGUUUUGCUACACUGUGCACAUUAGUAGCCUGUCAUCACAGGGGUCCUCAACCUUCGUUUUAUACACGUGGCACUUUUUAUCUCAUUUUUUUUAAGGGCUAGUCAUCACUUUCUAGAUCAUUUUAAUUUCAAAAUAAUAUUUAAAGCUCACCCUGGCUAAUGUGGCUGGCAUAUAUAAGCCAAUACAGACAGACUCUGAAAGAUCUCGAUUUGAACCUUUCCAUGUUUCAUUAGGCUCACUCAGAGAUAAAAGGUACAAGUGGAGCGUCUUUUUUUCUUUUUUUUUUUUGUAUUUAAAUGCUUUAUCCUUAAAGUCUAUGCUAUGUAUGUUAGAGCCAUCGUACACAUGAGCCUGGCUAAAGCCCCCCAUGGACUUACCUACUUCAUGAUUUGGGGGGACGGGCUUCAUGUGUACGUCCCGAAGCUCCAGCUCUCCGCACUUUGAAAAAAACGAUUUGCCUCUCUGUGUUUCACUGGACUUGUUGGCUGCUGUCCUGAGUGAUAUUUUGUGUGUGCGCGUGUGUGUGCGCGUGUGUGGUGUGUGCGCGUGUGUGUGUGUGCGCGCGUGUGUGGUGUGUG